AUGCUGACGUGGCAUGAGUUUUGGAAGAAGGUUUCGUCUUCUCCGUUAUCGUGGUGCUUCUUCGAGAGACUCGAUUAUCUAAUCGGUCCCGUCGUGUUGAAGAAAUCCACCGGCGCCGUUAAAUCGCCGUUAAAGAUCCAAACUUUGAAUCCGACCGGAUCUGUUUCAAGUGGAAGCUCUCUUGACGAUGAUGAUGAUGAUGACGUGGGUGGUGAUUGGGGGUUUGAGAUGAGGAAGCAACGGAUAGUUGAAGAUGUGGAUCGGAUUGAAGGUGAAGGAUCGUCGUGUAGGGAGCUAGCGAGAGCGAUUCUGAAGUUAGGUGAAGUGUACGAGAGGAUCGAGAGUGCGAAGCAGGAGAUGAUGAUUGAGUUGGAGAAGCAGAGUAUGGAAGUUUCAAAGGAGCUUGAGUUACAACGGAUGAACAUAUUGAUGGAUAUGCAGAUGGAGCUUGAGAAGUCUAAGCUUAGGAAACGUAAAGCUGCUUCAGGGUAUCUACUCUUGAUUUUGUUUCUUAAGAUUGUGGAGAAGCAAGAAGCAAUGGUUGGAUCUGAGAGAGCUGUUAUUAUUCUUAAUGCUUAUGUGACUUUGCACCAAUCUGGAAUCUCCAGGAUAAGACUCUUGUGA